GUGAUACAUCUUGUCUUGAUACUCACAGUUUACAACAGAAUGGUAGUAAUUCUAUGGAAUCUAUCCAAACAUCUCAGUCUUUUAAUACAAUUGCAACAAAUGUAUGGGGUAGCAGUAGUGCAAAUCUAGUUCAGCCAUUAGUGCCAGCAUCAGUCCCAACUGUUCCAGAUGCUUCUUUGAGGCCUCAGCAUCCAGGUUAUUGGCAACAUCCUAAUCAAUUACAUAAUGAUAUGACUUUGCAAGGAACAUUAUCAACUCAGCCAGCUCCAGAAUAUUGGUGUUCCAUUGCAUAUUUUGAACUUGAUCAGCAAGUAGGAGAAACUUUUAAAGUCCCUUCAGCAUAUAGUAGUGUUAUUAUUGAUGGCUAUGUAGAUCCUUCAGGAGGAAAUCGAUUUUGUUUGGGAGCUUUGUCAAAUGUUCAUCGGACAGAACAUAGUGAGAAGGCCAGGCUACAUAUAGGCAAAGGAGUUCAACUUGAUCUUAGAGGUGAAGGUGAUGUUUGGGUUAGAUGUCUUAGUGAUCAUAGUAUAUUUGUACAGAGCUAUUAUUUGGAUAGAGAAGCAGGAAGAGCUCCUGGUGAUGCUGUACACAAGAUAUACCAAAGUGCCUAUAUCAAAGUAUUUGAUCUCCGUCAAUGCCAUAGACAGAUGCAGCAACAAGCAGCUACAGCCCAGGCAGCUGCUGCUGCUCAAGCUGCAGCAGUUGCUGGACAUAUGCCUGGUCCCUCUUCAGUUGGUGGAAUUGCACCAGCCAUAAGUUUGUCUGCCGCAGCAGGAGUCGGUGUGGACGACUUGAGACGUUUUUGUAUAUUACGCCUAAGUUUUGUAAAAGGUUGGGGACCUGAUUAUCCCCGACAGAGCAUAAAAGAGACUCCCUGCUGGAUUGAAGUACAUCUGCACAGGGCAUUACAACUGUUGGAUGAAGUUUUGCACACCAUGCCCCAUCAUAAUCCCCAACCCCAUGAAUAAUAUACAAAUAUCCAUUAUCUAAAUAUUGUAUAUUAUUUUUUCUAAUUUUACUCAAAUUCUGAACAACAAUUAUAUGCAUAAAUUCAUUUAAAUAAAUAAAUAAUUAGAUAUUUAUAUUUUGAUUUUGCAUGCACUCGUCUACACUCGAUGACAAAACUUUGUAAUAUACAGCAUUUGUUUCAUUUACAUUUUAAUCAUCUGGACAUAAUUUUAAAUCAUAAAUUCAUUUCAUUAAAUUACUUUUUAUUAUAAUAUAAACAAUACAAUUGUAUGUUUGUUCAUUCUUUUGUAUGUUUCUUGAAGUUUUUCAGAUUUUAUAAAUUUUGCGAAUAUAAAAAUAUCGAAAGAGUGUCAACUAAAUUACUUUAGCCGUCUUACAAUAUACAAGAUAACUAUAAAUUGGAAAGUGCCAUGCCAUCAAAUUCUCUCUAAGGAAACUAUGUGUAUCUUUAUUGUUUUUAAGUAGUUUUAUUCAUUUUUUUUAUUGAUUAUAAAGUAUGUAAGCUAUAAAUAAAAAAUAUUGUGUAUAUAGCACUGUAUUCUAUAUUGAUUUUAGCUAUUAAACAGUUGUUUUAAUUGUCUUCUAUAUAUAUUAAAAAACACAUUUCUGUAAGAAAUAUACAAAAGUGAAAUCGAUUAUUAAUUUUAAAUGUUAAUAAAUCAAAAUUUUGUCAUUUAAUUUCUUAUUUGUAAAUAGCAAAAUGCAAUACCAUUUCUGUUGCAGAAGGAUGCAAAUCAUAAUUAUCGGUUUGUGUGGUCGAAACUAAAUUGCUGUUUGUUUCGUGAUUGAUUGAGCAGAGCAUCUGGCUAGAAUCACAGAAGAAAUAAAUUGUUUUUGUAAAAAGUUGUCACAAUCUUUUGACAGAAUAUUAUGUUUACUAUAAACAGAUAAAUUUAAAUUAUUCUAAUCUAAAUUGCAAUGCAACAUUUUGAAGUAAUGAAUUGUAUAAUAAUAAAAUUGCAAUCUCUUUUUACUUUUGUAAUUUUUAUUUAGGAAAACAUGAUGAAGAAAUUCUAAUAAAUUAUCACUAAAAUUUGAUAAUUUUUUUCAUAUUAAGAAAUAUGCAAAUAUCUAUUUAAAUUUUGUUUUUUCUGUUCGGAAAGUGAAGUUGCUUAACAUAGAUCUUUGUAUGUAUUGUCAAUUGCAUAAUAUUUUUAUAAUUAUCUUGUAUAUUUAUAUAAUUGUCUCGUAACAUGAUGUACUUUAUGUGAACGGUCAAAUAAUGUAACUGGAUAGAACUAUAGAAGAAAAUAAAAAUUUAUAAUUGAUUAAAUUUGGGAACAU